UCUCUCUCUCUCGCUCUCGCACAGAGCAAAGCAAUGGCGUCCACACCAUCUCACUCCUCCGAUGUGCAACCUAUGCUUGCUGUGGAAGCUGAAUCUCACCUCUCUUCUCUCGUCUGCGAUAUGUUACAAGAAGUCCAAGGGGCAAUGGAGAACAUGCUUAAAAUGAUUAAUGAAAUUGAUCAAAACUCAGCUGGAAUAAUGGAAGAGAUAGAGAAAUGCAAAGAUUCUGCUCUUGAGAGGAAGGGAAUCUUGGAGGAAGAGAAAGAGCGAUUUCAGAAAGCUGCUUAUACUGUCUUAGACAUGCUUAACAACAGAGAUUAAAAGCCGGUGUUGUUGAAAGAGUAUAUUCCAUUUUGCCAGUGAGUCUACUGCGGCUUGAUCCGUCAUUCUUGUAGAUUCACCAGAAGCUAUCAGCAGUCUGUCCGAUGUUAUCUCUUGCUAGGCUUGGUUUCUCCCUUUGCAUCAACUGCAGAGCAGUUCUCAUGAUUGUUCCCCUAAAUUCUUGCUUUGUACAAGAAAAUAUGUUAAUUCCUCUUUAAUUUUCUAAGUCUUCUUUGGUUCACCUUGAUCUCGUAUGGAUGAAAUUACUGUGGCAUAUAUGAUGAUAAAGAUGUAAAUGCAGUAGAAAUUUCAAGAAAAUUACUUUUUGUCUGCUCUAUAUCUACAUAUUAAAUUGUGAAUUUGUCACCUCUUCUCUAUCUUUCUGGAUUAGUUAAGAAUAUUCAUUGUGAGUAGUAGUAACUUGGGAUUUCAUUGAAUGAAGAACUG